AUUCCUGCUCUCAGGGCACGUGAUAAGCGUGCACCAAUUUUCGUGGCUACACGGGCUGGUUACGGACCAUUUGGCGGAGGAAGGCGUACGGUAGUUGCUGGUCCAAUGGGUGCAAUGGUCUCUAGCAGACGCAUGAUAUACGGCUGA